UGGCACAUUCUACGGCCAAUGAGAGAACACCGACAUGCAGCGGUUUUUGGCACUCCCCUGAAGCUCAGAUUAAUAAGGCGGGAAUUGCUGCAUUUAGCUUGCGAGAUCUGUUGUCAACUUUUGCCUACAAAACCGGAUCCAGUGGAAAAGCCAGUGAUGGGUACGCGUCAUGGAUUAGUGCAGCUUCUGUAACGAUUCCAGUGUUUCCCGUGAUUCUCGAUUGCGAAUCGAUGCAAAUUCAGUUCCUUUCGGUGGCAUUCUACCUAUUCCAACAUACUUUCCAUGUUUUAGUUGGUUCCUGAACCUGAACAGUUGGCACGGAGAUACUUCUUUAAGUUGACAAAAUGCUAUAUCGAACAAAGUGAUUUAAUAUAGCGGAGGACAGAAGCGAGGAAAGCUGUUUUUCGUAGGUAGUACGCUUUAGAAUCCCCAAGGCAAGUUCGCCAUCUCCUCGCGUGAGAUUGCUGAGGUCCGACCUGUCCGAGCAUGAAACGGUGUGGAGAGCAGCAAGGGCUUUGACGGGGUAUUGCGGUGGAUCAAACUCUGCGAGCAUUUGCUUUUCCAGGCUCCUUAGGUCGGAAGAUACAAGUGGGUCUCUCCUGGAAUGUGAGUUCUAAACCUUCUUUUUUAUUUGACUGGAUUGAAGAUCUUGUGUCAUUCGCUGCGUAUCAUUUGCAGCUCAUUCCAGUAAGCAUAUAUCAAGAUCUACUCUCAGACUGAGACUUCGAGAGUACAAAUGGCCUCACAAUUACGGAGAAAAUCAAGUAUCCCCAUUAUCGUCCAAGUGGGGCUUGCACUAGCGGUAUGUGUAAAUAUGGGUCUCCUUCAUUAUGUUGAAGGUGCAAAUUUUACUGUGGGAGCGGGUUACGUGGAGUCUAGCACUGGCAGCACUUACUGGACGAAUACAAUAGGCGGACUGUUGAGACCUGAAAUACUGUUAAGUAGUUAUCAACGCUGGACAAAUUCUGUUCUAGUUUCUGUGGGCGACACACUCAUUUUUGAGUAUGAAAGAGGCACACAUACUGUGUUCCUUGCAAGGAAUAAGACUGCCUUCACAAAGUGCGACUUCGACGGAGCAGUACAAGUCCCAGAUGGAUCUCCUACUACCUAUACCAUCAAACCAACAGAUUCGACGCUUUUCUUCGUUUGCACUCUCCCAGGACAUUGUGACAGUGGCCAGAAAGUUGAGAUCGUACCCUUAGGCACAACCCCCCAGCCACCACCUCAACCUACGCCGACAUCAAAUGCACUGCGGCAAUCACGAAUGAAACCUGCUACAGUUGUCACGCUCCUACUGACGUCUUAUCUCGUCUUCUUCGCCCAUUGCGUUUGAGAUCACCUGCUUCUUUAGAAGCAAGCACGGCAUUUCCUAUUGAAUUCAUUUGAUUCUUCAAUAUUAGGGUAACUAGCGAAGGGGAAUCAUGGCGUGCAUCAUUGUAGUCCCAGCUACUGCAUGUGUAUCAUAUAGGCUCCGAUUAACACCGUCUCCCCUUGAAUUGAAUUCGCUCAGCUCACCUAUUUGUUACAUCUGAAUGAAAGAUUUCCUCCAAUGCAUAAGUUGUGCAAUGUCAUCAAUGUCCUCGUGAACAUACGAUAUCAUAUUACCAAA